GAGAAGCAGGCUUCCUGCGGAGCAGGGAGCCCGAUGAGGGGCUCGAAUGUGGGGUGCAUUCAGAGGUGCUCCCAGGUGGGGUUUGUAGAUGGGCCAUUUCCUGCCCAAGAGUGGAGAUGAGGUGAGCUGUGCAACCUCCCAAGAUUUCCCCUCAUGGCAUUUCCAGAGCGUCCUGAGCACCUACUAGGUGUCAAACCUCUUUGCUGCUGGACGCAGAACACAGCUGAUCCCUUCACCCAGUGUAGGAGUUGAGUGCCCCGUGGCUGCUCCAGAACUGAGGACACCGGGGAUCAGGUGUCAUGAGGCAGGCAGGGAAGGGGGCCAGAGAAUGGUGGGCAGGGGAAGUGGCCAUUAAGACAUGAGCCACUGAACCACGGAGGAGGCUGGCAGGGGCCAGUGAGAGGCUGGUGGAGGCCAUUCCCAGGGCUGAGCUAGAACCGUGGUCAGCGCAGGCGAGCUCAGGACCAUGGAGAGCUCCACAGGAGACUCCCGUCACUCAGAUGACAGCUGUCAGGGUAUGUCUGCAUCCAUGAGGCUACUGUCAGCCUGGCCAGGCCCACAGUCAUAGCCUGUGGUCUCCAGGGAGCACCUGCCCUCUCUGCCCAAGAGCCACCCCCCAGACAGCCUGAGCCCUGACCCUGAGAUUAUGGAUGGGUUGUGGGGUUUGGGCUCAUCUGCUUUCUUCCCUUACCCAGUCAACCUUCUAAGCAGAGGCCAGAGAAAGAGGGCACAAGGAGGAGAAGGAAAGAGUAGGAAGAGGAGGGAAGGAAGGAAACCUGCCCAAGGGCACCUUCUGGGGCAUGGCCACAGCCGCAAGUCAGCACAAGAAGAGGAGGCCCAGGGUGGGCUGAUCCUGCCACCAUCCUGGGUCAGGGUCAGCCUUAGCCUCCCCCAUCCCUGAUUAUCUGCUACCAGGAAGCACCCAGCACCCCACCCCCACCUUCACUCAGGAGACCCAGGCCCCUGGGUGUGUGUAUGUUGGGUGGGGGUGCUGGGGAGGCUCUUAGAGAGCCUGAAAUUCCUCCUUUCCCCGGCUCCCCAGGAAGCAGGGCGCCCUUCCCCAGCCCUUCCACCAUCCGGCUCAGUUUCUGCCUAGGCUUCACUUGCUGAGCCCCUGCUCUGCUCCUUGCUCCUCUGAGACGGGACAGCACCCACCAAGGCCCAGGCUUUGCCAGGGGCUCACCUCCAAGCUUUUACUCUUGCCGUGCCCCCAAAGGUUCUCUCUGCCAGGCUGGGAUAUAGCAACAGGAGUAAGAAGAGUUAUAGUGUAUUUUGUACUCACUAUGCGCCAGGCACUUUAUAUGGAUUAUUGAACCCUCAUUUUAUAGAUGGAAAAAAAGGAGGAAAGUUGUGAACUUGCCCAAGGCUACACAGGAGAUGGCAGAGCCAGGAUUUGGAGUCUUGUUCCAGAGUCUGUGUGUAUGGAAGUGAUGGUGAGCACAUUGAGGAGGCCCAGGGCAAUGCAGGGUGCUUUUGUUGAGCACCUUCUGUGUACAGCUCCCUGCCCCAGGUUGCUGGUAGCCCAGUUGGGGAGACAGAGGUCAGGGAAGGUGAGCUCAGCAUGGUGAGCAUUGGCAACAGGGCAGGGCUAUGGACUGGUCUCUCUGAUUUGGUGUCUCAUAUAAAAUAGGCAGGACAGGAAUGAUUAUAUCCAUUUUAUAGAUGGGGGAGUUGAAGCUCAGAGAGGCCAAGCAUUCUUGAGACUCAGAUUGACAGUGGCUAUAUAAACCCAGAGGCUGAUGCAGGGAGUCAGGAGGAGGGUUGGCAGAACUCAGUAUGGUUCUUCCAGGUCCUAAACCGGGGCAGAAGCCACUUGGUUUCAAGAGAGGCCGGCCCUGACACAAAGCAAGCACUGGAGAAAUAUCCAGUGAAUUUUACUGAAAUGAGUAAGGGCCUAUGUAUGGCCUCUGAGCUGCCUAAGGUCAUACUCAGCAGCAGGAGGGACCCAGACGGGGGUUUUGUCCUUAGGGAACUGCCUGCCUAGUAGGCCUUGGAGGGCAAUGGGCCAGCCCAUUAGAGACCCCAAGUCCUUCCUCAGCUAACUUUCUUCUCCAGGCAGGUCCUGGCCACUGCACCCCACCUGGGGUCCUGAGUUCCCAGAGGGGCUCAAGCUAAUGCAUGCCAGCCAGCAGGAGUAGGGAGUGGAGAAUGGUGAGCUGGACAAUGCUCCCCAACCCAGCUCCUCCUCCCAGAGCCCACAGGGGGACGUCAGAUCCAAAGCAUUGCUCACCCCACCCCCAUCUACCCUGUGAAGCUUCUAGACCAAGCAUACUGUGGAAAGGACAUGAGAUUUGGAUCCAGAGACCAAAGUCAACAGCCAGGCUCUGCCAUUAGCCGGCGAAGCGACUGGCCACGCCCCUCACUCAGCCUCAGUGUUUGCAUCUGCUGGGAGGGAUGCUGCUUGAGGGUGAGAGCGAGGGCCUGCAGAGACGGCCUGACUCAAAGCCCAGCUCUGCUGUUCACCCAUCUCCGUGAAGGCUGUUGAGGGGUGGCCCCCACCCCAGUCAAAGGCUUCUCCGUCCUUCUCGGUCCAGACUCCUUGCUCACACUUCACAUCCAGGUCUUCAGCAAAUGCAACAGAACCUAAGCGCUUUCUGCAUGGCUCUCACCGUGGUUCAAGCCGCCCCCGUCACACCUGGAUGGUGCUGAGGUCUCCUCGCCGCACUCCCUGCUCCACCCUGCAGCCAACCGUGUCCUCUCAACAGAGCAGCCCGAGAUGAAGAUGAGACGCUACAAGCUCUUUCUCAUGUUCUGUAUGGCCGGCCUGUGCCUCAUCUCCUUCCUGCACUUCUUUAAGACCCUGUCCUAUGUCACCUUCCCUCGAGAACUGGCCUUCCUCAGCCCGAACCUCGUGUCCAGCUUCUUCUGGAACAAUGCGCCCGUCACGCCCCAGGCCAGCCCGGAGCCGGGCAGCCCCGACCUGCUGCGAACGCCGCUCUAUUCCCACUCGCCCCUGCUCCAGCCGCUGUCACCAAGCAAGGCCACCGAAGAGCUCCACCGGAUGGACUUCGUGCUCCCCGAGGACACCACCGAGUAUUUCGUCCGCACCAAGGCGGGAGGCGUCUGCUUCAAACCAGGCACCAAGAUGCUGGAGAAGCCCCUCUCGGGGCGGCCCGAGGAGAAGGCCGAGGGGGUUAGCAAACCCUGA